AUGGGAGCUUGUGGGAGCAAAAAGAGGCAGCUGAGUCGCACCAGCGAUCAGCAGCAGCAGCAGCAGCAGCAGCAGCAGCAGCAGCAGAGGGAUCGGCAGGAGCAGCAGCAGGGGGACCCGCAGCAGCGGCUGCAGCCGCCGGAGGGCAGCGAGGCAGCGCGGGGCGCUGCUGCUGCAGACGGCGCAGCAGCAGCAGCAGCAGCAGCAGCAGCAGCAGCAGGAAGCAGCCUCAUCCCGAAGCAAAAGAGCCUCCGGGAGCAGCAGCGGCGAAGACUUUCUGUGUCUGUGACUUCAGUGCAGGAUUCUUUCGAAGGAGAAGCUGCUUCGGACGGCGCAGCAGCAGCAGCAGCAGCAGCAGCAGCAGCAGCAGCAGCAGCAGAGGGCACCGACAGCAGCCGCAGCAGGCCCAACGGCCUCCGCGGUGUACAUACACCCCGCAGCCUCAAACCCUCCGCUACUUCUCUCCGAGUGGAAAGCACAAAAAUAAAGUCUCCGUCUUUGUCGAGUCAAGAAGACUGCAGCAGCAACAGCAGCAGGAGAGCAGCAGCAGCAGCAGCAGCAGCAGCAGCAGCGCCUGCAGCAGCAGCAGCAGCAGCAGGCGAGCCCCUCUCCCCCCGCGAGGGCGCCCUCGACAGCCUGCCGCUGCGGCGGCCGCUGUCGUCAACAGCAGCAACAGCAGCAGCAGCAACUCCAGCAGCAGCAGAAGCUCCCCACAGCCCCCGCAGCAGCAGCAGCAGCAGCAGCAGCAGCAAAGGGUUUUGCCCCGAACUCCCGCUGCUGUUCUCCCCACUCCCUUUUCCCCCAGAAGAAGCAGCAAAACAUCUCGAGGAAAUCACUGCGCAGUUUUUGCUGCAGCACUUCACUGCAGACUCCGAAGACAAAGACAGAUGCGCGCUGUCGGCGACUGAGGAGUGCGAGCACUUCGACGAAUUUCAGGCUCAAAUUGGCGUCGGCUGUUCUUGCAAAAAGGGUUUGAAGCCGGAGAGUCCAAACCAAGAUGACUUUUCCUUCAUUCGGUGUUCGAGCUUCGGGGUUUACGGGGUUUUCGACGGCCACGGCCCCUGCGGCCACCAAGCCUCCGACUUCGUCCACCGCGUGCUGCUGCUGCUGCUGCUGUCGCACCCUUUGCUGCGGAGCGACGUUUGUGCUGCACUUCGGGGGGCUUUCCACGCGACGCACAAGGCGCUGCUGGAAUACGCUGCAGCAGAUAAGGGCGCCAUUGUGCCAGCCUUCAGCACAGUAGACCACAAGCCGACGAACCCCGCGGAGAAAAAGCGGAUUGAGGCGGCAGGCAAGUUGAGGGGUUUUGCAGGGGGCGAGGUGAUGCGGCUGGACUGCGACAUCCCGCAUAGGGUUUUCGUCAAAGACCAUUUAUUUCCAGGACUUGCAAUGAGCAGAGCCAUUGGGGACGGAAUAGCCCACCAGAUCGGAGUGGUUUCCGAACCCGAAAUCGCUCAA